UUCGCUGCAGGGACUGCUGCUGAUUUGUAGCUGGAGUGGGGAAGAGGAGAGGAUUUGGUCACUUUUUGGCGUGCUCAGAUUACCUCUGCAAGUGGUGUCUGCAUCAGAAGGGCUCUGAACCAGGCAGUUGAAAGUACUUGACAGCUGUGCUGUUUGAAGGGUCAGCUACUCCUCUAAGAACCUGCCAUCUCUGAGAUGAAUUUCCAGGGCUGGCUUGCCUUCCCAAUGGAUUUAUUGCUGUGUUGUGCUCUCCAGACAUCUGCUGUUCAGCAUCCUGCAUCUCAUAACUGCACCAGCAAUGCUCAAAGAAUAUCCUUCAGCCACUCCUGUAAGAUUGACCUGCCCACACUCUCCCAGAUUAAAGCUGAAGCAAAUCCAUUACAGCAUGAUGAAGAGAACAGUAGGGUGCAGCUAGAUCCUGGAGAGGCUGAGGACAAUGAAGAGCAGAAUAUAAUCUUUAGGCACAACAUCCGUGUGCAGACACCCAAAGGGAACUGUGAAACUUUGACCCGCAUUAUGGAUCUCUUUGAAAGGAUGGAGAAGCUUGAGAAAGAAGUGGCAGAGCUGAGGGAAGUUUGCAGCCCUCAGAAGAGCUGUGGGGGAAGCCAAGAUGUCCCUCACUGCAGUGGCCGUGGGACUUUGUUCUAUGAGACUUGCAGCUGUGAGUGUGCCAAGGGCUGGGAGGGCAGUGACUGCUCCCACCCUGCCUGCCCCAGCCACUGUAGCAGUAACAGGCACUGCAGUGCUGGGAAAUGCUGUGAUGAGUGUUUCUUUGGUGAGGAUUGCAGCCUUCAGCUGUGUCUGGAGAGCUGCAGCAGCAGUGGGAUCUGUGACACAGCCCAAGGGGUCUGCCAGUGCCACGAGGAGUUCACUGGAGAAGACUGCAGUGAGAAACGGUGUCCUGGGGAUUGCAGUGGCAACAGGUUCUGUGAUACAGGAGUGUGCUACUGACACGAUGGCUUCUUUGGCCUCAACUGCUCCCAGGUCCUUGCUCCCCAGAAUAUGCAGGUGCUGAGCUCCAUGGAGAACUCUCUGGCUGUCAGCUGGGAUCCAGUGACUGGUGUGGAUAAUUACCUCCUUACCUGUUAUCCGGCUGGGUAUGAGAUGCUGGUGAAAUAAAUCCACGUGCCCAAAGAGCAGCUCAGCUAUGAGAUUGCAUGUGUUACAAGGGUGGAAUCUCACAAUGUCAUGCUUCAUCAUGUGAAGAAGGGGAUUGCCAGUGAGCCCAAGCAUCUAGAAGCAAGUACAGUCCUGCCUGCGGCCAGUGCCAUCUGGGAGACAGAGGAGAUGGAGUACUCCCUGGAAGUGGAGCAGGAGAACCCACCAACAGGUGAUUAUUACAAGCUGAAGUUCAGAUCCCUAAUGGAGAUGGAGGAGAAGCAGGUCAUGGUGCCCAAAAGCAGUGACCCUAAGAGCAGAUACAUCCUGACUGGCCUGAAACCUGGAACAGAACAUGAGGUCACUGUCAUACCUGUGAAAGACAGCACAGAGGGGAAACCAUUCUCGGUGACUGGCAGGACUGGAGUCAACAGCCCAACCAAUGUGACCACUGACUGAGUGACAGAGGAUACUGCCAUGGUGUCGUGGAAUAAAGUGGAGGCUCCUGUAGACAGGUACAUGGUGAGAUACACCCCGGCUGAUGGAGACACCAGGGAAAUACACGUGGGCAGUGAAAAUUACAUGGUCACCUCACUGGAUCUGGAGCCAGACAUGGAAUAUGUCACUGACAUCUGGGCAGAGAAGGGGCCUCAGAGGAGUAAGAAGGCAAGCACCAGAGCUGUGACAGAAAUUGACAGCCUAACUGAGCUGUUGAUUGACCAGGUGACAGAGGAUGCAAUUACUGUUUUGAACGUAGUCCAGGCUUCCACAGACAGAUACAGAGUGAGCUACACCUCAGCUAGUGGGCACACAGAGGAGAAAGAGGUGGAAAAAGACAAGAAUGUCACUACCUUGGCAGGACUGAGGCCAGGCACAGAAUACAUCAUUUAUAGCUGGGCAGAGAAGGGAGAGCAGCAGAGCAAGAGGGCCAGCACUGAGGCUGUGACAGGUAAGUGGGCAAUGGACUUUGUUGAGUACAAGCUAAAGCCCAGCUUUGCCUUGGCACUAAGGAUGCCCACCCUAAGACAGUUUAACAGCAGAGGGAGAUUCAGGCUUAACAGAUCAAGUCUUCAGGUUAGUGCAUCUUGCCAUGAAACCUAUUCAGCAUCAUCACAGAGAGAUUCUAGUUCCCUGGUUGAUCACUAUUCUCUGACCUACCAGGAUGAAGAUGGGACAAGCAAGGCACAGUGGUCCAGAAAAGCUAAAUGCUCUUCUGAGCUGGGUUCAGCUUUUGUCACUUGGCAGAAAGUAUAUCUGGGUCCCAGCAAACAACUGUUAGUGCUGGAAGGGCUGGCACAAGGAGUGAGGUACACUGUUCCCUACAAGGGAGAUCACCAGAGCAGAAAGACAGAGCAUAGCUUCUCAACAGUGAGCUUCCUCUACCAGUAUCCCAUGGACUGCAGCCAGGUGCAGCAGAAUAGAAGUGCCUCCAGCAGCAUGUACAGCAUUUACCUGAACAGGGAUGGCAGCAGGCCACUGCAGGUGUGCUGUGACAUGAGCACUGACGGAGGCAGGGGGACGGUGUUUCAGAGGUGGAGCACUGGCAAGGUGGAUUUCUACCAAGGCUGGAAAAAUUACAUGGAAGGUUUUGGAGAUCCCACUGGGGAAUUUUGGCUCGGUCUUGACAAGCUGCACAACCUCAGGAGCAGCAGCUCCAUCUGCUGCAAGCUCUGUGUGCAUUUGUGGACAGCCAGCCAAUCUGUCUGUGCUCUCUGUGACUUCUUCCAGGUUGCCUCAAGCAGGGACAGAUACAGGCCGUCAGUGGGGAAUUACAGAGGCAAUGCUGGUGAGGAGGUGACCUACCACAGUGGCUGCAAGUUCACAGCAUGGCCCAGGGACGAUGAUGUGGCUCUCAGCAGCCGUGCCCUGACACCGAGUGCAUGGUGCUGCAGGAACUGCCAUCUGGCCAACCUCAACGGGGAGCACGAGGAGAGCAAGCACAGUGAGGAUGUGAACUGGGAGCCAUGGAAAGGACAUGAAUUCUCCAUCCCUUUCACAGAGAUGAAGAUCUGUCCUCAGUCUUCCAGGAACAAGCCAGUCCUGGGGAGGAAGAAGAGGUCUUUAUCAUGGAAGAGGAAGAAGAUCAGGGCUUAAAUAGAACUCUCUGCAGAACAAUACCCAAAGAUAAUGAUUCACUAUUUCUUCAUAAACUUUGAUUCAGACAGCUUGCUCCAGUACAAAGGAGACAAUAGCUGACAACGUGCACCCAGGGACAUCUGGAUCUGCAGCCCAACCUGCUACCAGCCUUUGGAGCUCCUGAUGGGUGAUGUUCCAGAGACUAGGAGGGGCUCGUGGGGGCAUCCUGCCUGUAGAUACUCUGGUUGGCUAAGGAUGACAAGGACCUGCUUGAUCCAAUACAUGCAACUUCUAUGAACUUCAUGUAAAACAAGCCUUAACACAUGCUGUUCUUUCUGAAACCUGUGCUGGAGACUCCUCUUAAUUCUGUCCUUCUCUGGUGCUAUCCACUUCAGACUUCCAAAAAUAAAUUCGAACCUACUAACAAAUAAUAGCCCCCUCACUUACAUCAGAGGGAACCUUUUUGAGACUGUUGCCUCUCCCUGUUCUGUUCUGCAGUUCUCCUCAUUAUUUGGGCACAUUCCCUAUUCUUCCUGCGGAACUGGGUUCUGGGAAAUGCUGCCAGUCUGCUGGCAAGGCUCAUUAACCCAUGUGAGUUCUGUAGACCAGGUUCCUCAGACUCCAAUACCACAUCUCUGCAGGUUAAAAUCUUGCUAUUUUGCUUGUGUCAUGUUUCCCAGCCCAGAGAAGAACUGAAGGAGAUGUGCAGUAAAUUGAUGUUUACACUCCAGGGUGAGGCCCAGAACAGGGUGAGUGUAAGGCCCGCUCUCCUCCAGGCUCUGCUCAGCAUCCCAAACCUGCCUCUCUGUACUGCUUGCUUACAAACAACUAACAAAAUGCUCUAUGUGACUGUUCCAUCUGCUGCCUUAUGUUUUUUCAUCAGCAGUGUGGCAGGUAGUGAUGCUGAAAUGAUAACACUUGUCAUCCACCUCUAAAAUGAGCAUCUGUUGGACUUAAACUGAUCCUGCAUGCUUUCCCUUGUGCUCCAGUGCAUGGUUUCACACCUGACUGCUUUAAUUUUUUCUUUUUACUCACAGCCAUAAAGGUGAGGUUUAUUUCCUUUCCCUGUGAGGAUAUUAAAAUUCUGGGCCACCAGCUCCAGCCAGGGAAGAAGUAUGAGCUCACCAAAUGCCACUUGCUUAAAGGCUUCCUUGUCUGAACACAAUGGGACAUGGUUGUCCCAUGUCUUAAUGGCCUUCUCUAUCCCAGUGCAGAGCAGAGUAAUGCAUUUUACAGAAUCCUUCCCAGACUUUGGAGAAAGUAAUAAAAUCGCAAAUAAAGGAGGUCUUAAAGUA